GUAAUUGGUUUCAAUCCAAGCCCAUCAAAGUAGAUCCAUUUUCAGCUUCGAGUUCAGAGACGCAGACAAAACAAAACUUCUCACACACACAGAGACACAGAAAGAGGAACAGAACAGAGAUGGGGGUGAUGGAGAAGCUUAAGAUGUUCGUCGUACAAGAGCCUGUCGUCGCAGCUUCUUGUCUCAUCGCCGGCGUUGCUCGUUGAAGCUACGCGGGUCUUGGUUCUGUGCCCAAGUUCAUCGCUUUUCUUUAUAUAGGGACUGUGAAAUUGAUGUACUAGUACCCAUUUAGCUCUUUGUGCUUAAUUGUCUGGCUCAAGAAAUCUAAGGCUUUGGAUUCUGGUUUUGUUUCGGUAGCUUCGGUCUAGGAGAGUAAUGAGAUGGUUAUUUGGCCGGAACAACAUUGCUAUUUGAGCUCUAGGAUUGGCAAACUCAUUUGAUAAUCGUAAUGAAGAAUGCAGAUGGUGUGAUUGAGACUGAGGAAUACAUAGUUGGGAGACUGAGAUAAAGCCGAGAAAACAGUGUUGUCGCGUUGAUUUAUUUCUUUUUAGCUCUCUGUGCACUGAGAUAGGGGUUUCUUGAGAAAACAGGAAGGUGACAUGAUCUGUUGAAUGGAAAUCUAAAGAGGAUGUGAACCUCCCAUCAUUCUUUCUUACAUACAACUCAUCUUGUUUCUAUUUUUAGCUACUGCAUGCAAUCCUUGUCUCACAGGCAAAGCCUCAGACAAAGCUCCCUUCUUUUUCCUUACCACUAAGUUAAACAAAAAAUACAAAAGAAAAAAGGGUUUUUCUUCUAGAGUAUAUUAUUUGAGAAACACUCUUCUUUUUCAAUUUUAGAACUUCGGUGUUUUAAGGUUUUUUGUUUUCUAACUGAAUUUUGCAAGACAUCUCGGGUUUUUCUUUUUUGGGAUGUUCCUAUAGUUUACUUUUUUUGCUCUUUCUUCUAAGGGGUUAGAGGUGUUUGACUUUAAAACUCAAAAAGCUUGAAUCUUCUUAUGAAACGGGAGAAUUUGAAGAUGAAGCAACCAAGCAAAGACCAGGAUACAAGUUCCACCAAGAGAAUUCGCAUCAUAUAUGAUGAUCCCUAUGCCACUGAUUGUUCGAGUGAAGAUGAUGAGGAAUAUAAUAUUAAGAAAAAUAGAUCAGUGCGUAAUAAGCGCAUUGUUUCAGAGAUUUUGGUUGGGGGUACCCCAUGUGAAUCAUCUGCAAAGACUUCAUUCAAUUGCAAUACCUAUGGCACCAAGUUUGGUACUAGUAUGGAUUUCGAUGACAGUAAGGAAACUCAAAGAUGUGCUACCAAAUAUAAGGGAGUUCGGCGUAGAAAAUGGGGAACGUAUGCGGCGGAAAUUCGAGAUCCAUUUCGAAAGACUAGAUUAUGGCUUGGCACUUAUACUACUGCAGAGGAGGCUGCUAUGGCUUAUCAGAAAAAGAGGGUCGAGUUUGAUAACAUAAAGUUAUUGCAAAAGACUAAGAGUAAUCUUGAAGAGUUGCAAUUAUCAGAUAAGGCCAAGGGAGUGUGUGAGACCAAGCAUAAUUAUCAAGGCAAUCAUUUAUCAGAGAGUCAGGAUUUAUCAGCUGAUGCUGCUAUUGAAACUGUUUCAUAUGAAGACACCAAAAGUGUGUUUUCUCAUCCAUCACCUUCAUCUGUGCUUGAUAUUUCUAGUACAGCUGCACAAAAUAUUGGACUCAGAAAGUCAGAUGAAGAGUCCACUUUGGAGGUUUCUGGACGAGAAGGCCCUGUGCCACUAGAUUCUGAAGAAGAGCAAUACAAUUUGAAGGCUCCUGAAAAGCCAACAUUGUUACCACCCGUACAUUUGAAUAUUGGGUUUGUGGAUAAUUACAUGCUUGAGUGUUUGGAUCGGUAUUUUGAUGGUAUGACUGACAUAGUUGAUCAUCCUGCGUGUGAUGAUGUAAAUGGACUCUUCCUUCCAGCUGUAGUGAGGCCAAUGUUAGAUUCCUUUGAAGCGUCUAAGCAAGUCCCUCAGCCUGCUUUAAGUGAUGUGGUUGCAGGUAUGACGGGUAAAAAAUAGAGGCAAUAUGAUUCAUUGAUACAAGUGACAAUUAAAGAACCCCUCUUUUCCAUUUUCGUGAGCAAUGUAAUAAGCUUGACAAUCAUGUAUGGAGAUGCAUCUUGAAUCAUCCUCUAUUUUUUUGUAGGCAUAUGAAUGGUUUUCAUUACCAUGUUCAUUCAUGGUGACUUAAUGAAUUUAGUUGUUGAUUUGAAUGGCUUA